GAACAUCUCCGUUUAUUCAGACUAUUGAUACGUAUCAUCUUCAACCGACGAUCUCUGUAGGAAUCUUGUAACAGUUAGAAUACGACGACAUGGCUUCAUUGACAGGAUUCUCUAUUCGUGCGGCGGUCGGUGCAUUCUCUUGCCCAACAUGCACCUCUCGCUUCAUCCAGCCACGGUCCAGCUUUUUGCGAUCCAUCAGACAAUAUUCUACUCCCCCUCCCCCUAAAUUUGCUGCUUCAGCAGUUGCAGGCGGUGCUAAGCCUCGAGUAACUGCUGAAGAAGCUCGUCGCGCGGUUGAGGCUGCUCGGCAAAGAAUGUACAAGGAGAGGGCAAACAAGAAUAGAAGUAUCCUGUUAUACUCUGCUGGUAGUCUGUUCCUUGCCCUCGGUAUCACCUACGCCGCCGUUCCCCUUUACCGAGCUUUCUGCUCAGCCACUGGUUUCGCUGGCACUCCCAUGACCGAUACCUCACGAUUCACCCCUGAUCGUCUCUAUGUUACCCCCGAAACUGAAGGUCGUAAGCGUAUAACGGUACACUUUCAAUCAUCAAGCGCAGAAUCUUUACCGUGGAAAUUUGAGCCCGUGACCAAAAGUGUGAGGGUGCUGCCUGGUGAAACGGCAUUGGCGUUCUACACAGCAAAGAACUACGGUGACAAGGAUUUGAUUGGUAUUGCUACCUACAACAUCACUCCUGACAAGAUCGCCCCUUACUUCGCCAAAGUCGAAUGUUUCUGCUUCGAAGAGCAAAAGAUCCGAGCGGGUGAAGAAGUGGAUUUGCCAGUAUUUUUCUUCAUCGACCGUGAUAUCGUCGAGGAGCCUCAGUUGGACAAUUUGGACGAUGUGGUUUUGAACUAUACCUUCUUCCGUGCUCGAAGGAAUGACAUGGGCCACGCCGUUCCAGACGCUCCGGAGGAUGUCAUCCAAAAAUCCCAAGGUUUUGAGAAUUACGAGCUUGCGAAGAAGGCAUAGAGAUCUUUGUCUGAGGCAUUGGUGGAAACGGUUGAAAGCAUUAUCUAUUGCAUCAGGCAUAUAGCAUCGGGGUCGACUGUGCAUUGGAUCACUCCUCUUGAUUUUUCA